AUGACGCGAUCCCAGUCGGCUCAAUACCCAGCACCUCGUCGACCAGUAACAUCUCUUCCUUAUGACGUGCAAUCUACCAUACGAAGUCUUGAUCGAAGGUAUAUUCAGACAGAUCCGAAUGAAGCCAGCAAUCAGGAGUCGCUCGAUCCACGCUACCGUCGAGUUGUCAAGCAUCACCACGCUAGUUUCUUUGUGCUUGGUCGAGUUUUCAAGAUGCUCUGGACGGAACCUGCAGGUCAAAGCAAUCCAGGCAGAACUCGCAAUUCCACGCACUUCAGCACCGUCCUUUACGGCCAAACGGCUUUCAGUGAGAUACGCAGAUUCGUCGUUGUGCGAAAUAAGGGCGACUUCAGCCAGUGCAUUCCAAUCCAAACCUACAAAGGCCAAGGCGCCACCAAGCCAGGCCUCGUCAUGGACGAUCACGGUGUUAUCCACACCUCAUCCUUGGCCCCGAAUUUGCUACCAGGCGAAAAUCUGACGAAAUACUCAGUGCAGGUUCAGCCCUUCAAAGACGAACGGCUAGAGGCAGCAAGUCGCGUCAAUUACGGAAAGGCAUAUGCUGUUGAACACAACGUCAAAGUCCUCGAAGUUGGCAUGAUACUAGAAGGUCACAGGUACUUGAUUCAGCAAUAUUUCGACAGUGCAAUGCAGAGCUAG